UGGCUUUGCACCUGCCCUGUGGAAGGGUAGGGGUCUCAGGGCAUCGCCAGAGGGAAGGAUGGGUUUGAUGGCUGGUCCAGGUGUGGGGUGAGCCCGGGCACACGGCCUCUCUGGCACACAAAAACUGGGUAACCCCAUGCUCCAGCCCCCUCCCCAAAACUGGGAGUGCUCACUGCUGCAGCAAGGCUCGUAAGAGAGAUAAGGGGAGCCUUUGACAGCUCCAUCCGAGACCUCCAGGAAGGGCUGGAAGGAGCAGGGGACCCUCCCAAGCUCUUUGGAAAGGGCUGGACUGCGCCCAGCCGGAGGUGUUUUAAUGACUGUUUUGGAUCCCCGGGAGCCAACCUCCUCCCACUCACCCGGGGAAAUUCACCUCCUCCGCCGGGCUGCAGCAGCUGUUGACUGGUGGAUUGUGGCUGGUAGAACUGGUUCUCUGCAGGGAGUUGUCUCCCAAAGCCUGGGAGACGUGGAUGGCCCGAGCUGCGGCUCCCGGCUCGGAGCCUGGCACAGAGGAGGGCUCUGGUUUUGCGUGGCACUGCUGGGCAGGGCGGCUGUGGCACACAAAUCACAGCCUGUGUCAGGUAGAUAAGGAGCCAUGUGAUGCAGCUGCUGGGGACAGGGUGGCAGGCAGGGUGAAGGUGCACAGGGAAAUAACCUUGCAGGGAGUUUCUCCUUCUCUCCGUCCUCGGGGAGCAGAAUCUCGGGGCAGCGCUGAUCCCUGCUGGCUCUGGAUGCCUGCUCGGCUUCUGGGGGCUCUCUGAAACACCCAGGAAGCGAAAAUGUCCCUUAGCAGGAGGAACUGGUCCGAUCUGUCCAGCCUGGCCAGGCAGAGGACCCUGGAGGAUGAGGAGGAGCAGCAGAGAGAGCGCCGGCGAAGGCACCGGAACCUUCUGUCCUCCACAUCCAUGGAUGAGGAACCUGCCAGCCCUGCCAAAGACACCAGCCCAGCUUCCAGCAGGCCUCCAUCUCUGGUGAAGCUGCAGUCCCUGGAGGAUGGGGAGGAGCAGAAGCUCUCGGAGGUGCUGAAGACACAAGAAGGGAGAAGGACGAGGUGUCUCCCAGCCGUGUCUGAGAAGCUGAGGCAGGAGCCGGAGCAGAAGGAGCCCGGGGUGGGAGGAAGCUGCCCGGAGGCAGGAGCGCAGCCCCGCAGGAGGCAGGAGAGCGGCCGGGCUGCAGAGCAGGGCCAGGAGCCAGCCAAGGGCAGAGGGGACCCAGCAGGAGACAAGAACCUGGAGCCAGCCUCUGAGAGGAAGGGGAUGGUGAGGGCACGGCUCCAGGACAAGGAGCAGGGAGUGUGGACUCCUCGGGGGGAGCAGAGGAAGGAGCCACCCGAGGUGGGAAGCUGCCGGCUGCGGGAGGUGAAGAUCCUCACCAGGGUGGGAAACCGGAGCACAGAAGAGAAAACCUCGGCUGUCACCUCAUCUCCAGAGCAGCAGCAGCCAUCCAGGAACCCCUCAAAGCAGGUAAUUCAGGAGUUCCCUCCCCGAGAUGAGCCUGCAGAAAAGCCAGACCCUUCUCCAACUCACAUCACCUUCAGCAGCUCCAUCCGACGGGCCAGCCCAAGAACUGUCUCCUUUAGGAUCAUCUCCAGGAAGCAGAAAGAAGAGAGCCCAAGCCCUCUCACAAGGAGUGCGAGCCUGAGGAUCCCAGGCAGCAACAGCACCAUUGGGGAGAAGCUGGAAAAAUACAACUCGGCUGUGCAGCGCUCAGAGGGGGUGAAAUCCUCCGUGCCUGUCCACAAGAGUCGCCUGCUCUCCUCGGAGGGGGUGGCGAGCAAGCGCAACUUCUUCGAGGGCAGCGCUCCCGGCAAGGCAGAGGCAGCGGUGGUGAGGAAGGACAGCCUGAAGAUCCCAGGAUCAGUGACAUCCCGCAUUAAUCUGUGGAUCAGCCGGGCUCAGGAGCCUGCCAAGGAGGAAAAUACCAAGGAAAUCCGGAGAAUCAACAGCCUGGCAAAGAGAGAUGUCUGGAUAAAGCAGCCUGGAGACACCUCUGGAGACACCAAGCUGCAGUAAUACCAGCUGUGGUAUCAAACCAUCUGGGAAAAACUGGUUUGCUCCAAAGAUCACAGCCCAGCCCUACCCAACCGUCCAAAAGCCACUGCCACGAGUCCCCUGUGCCACGUGUGGGUGCACCAGGUCAUGGGGUCCUCUGCUUGUGGGAUGGGAAGGAAGAAGCCUGGCAGAGUGUCCCUGUGCCCCCAGUCCCCACUCACUGCCUGUCUGGGGGUGUCCAGGCCACCAGGCUCCCCACAGAUGCUGAAGACAAACUCCUGCCUUGUUUGCCCACCACAUUUUGCUGUUCUGUUCCUGAUCUCUGCCCGUGCCCCAGAACUGCCCACACUGCCCUGGCAGCUGGAAGAUGUCAGUGGGGCGAGAACCUGCCUGGCCAAGGGAGUUCCAGCCUCACCUCCAUGGACCGUGCCCGUCCCUGCUGCCUGGGGCAGGUGGGGCAGGCAGUGUCACCCCCUGGCCAGGCUGUCACUGCCAGGGUGACCCAAGCAGAGGAUGAUGUUCAUGAAGUCACACCAGUGCUCUGAGGCGCCCCACGGAAGAAGGGGGAGCUUGGCCCUGGGGCUUCCUUCCACACGCAGCUGAACCAGAGACUGCUCCUUGUCCCUGUCCCUGCAGGCAGUGACUCUUCAUGCAGUGAUGCAGGGGGGGUGAGCUGGCCCUGGCUGUGGCCACAGCCCCGUGUGGGGCUUGUCAUGGAGCUGAGUGCCCUGUGCUGGGCCCCAUUUCCCUCCUGCCUUCCUGAGCCCUUUGCUGUGUAGCCCCUGAUCCUGCAUUCCCUGUGGAAUGUCCCCAGCAGGGACAGGGGAUGCUCACUUGAGGCCUUUAGGGUGCCAUGGACAAAAGGCUCAAACUCUCUUAUUGGGGCCAUUCUUUGGGUUUGGGUUGUGCUUUGAGCCACCACUGUGGUGACAAAUCCAGUGUGGGAACCUGCUGCUGCCCCUGGGGCUGAUCCUGCUUGUAGGGCUUGGGAAAGGACUUGGCUUUCUCUGUGCUUUUUUUUUUUUUCUAAUAAAAGUUUCUCUUUCUAAGACA